GUGCGACUUUAUGCGGAAGUGCGUCGCUUGACGGCAGCGUGUCUCGUCGGGAUCCAUGUGCGGCGGCUGCAGGAAUGGCAGGGCAGUCGGGGACGGAGGCGGAUUUCACCAGAGAUUUACUUUUCCUUGGUGUGGAAGAGGAGGAUUUGUUUAAGACUAAAUAUUCCUUGACUGCCAGCGAAGAUGAGGAUGGCAGUGACGAUGAGAGAAAGCACCAAAAAUUGCUGGAGGCGAUCAGUUCUCUCGGUGACAAAAAAAGGAAGAAGAAAGCAGAGAGAACAGAAGCUAGUUUGCAGAUUUCAGAGUUCACUGUCAGUUCAGAAGGUACUAAUGAGAAGAUUGAGCUCUCAGAUUUGGUGGGAACCAUCCAACCAUCCUCUUCCUCUUUGAACAAAGUGAAAAAGCAGCUCACGAAAUUUGAGAAAACAAACAAGCCACUGGAUUUACCCCUCAAUAAACAGCAAAGUGAAAAGGUUCAAAGGACAUUAGCAUAUGAGAAAACAACAAAGGAGAUUACGAGAUGGGAUCAUGUAGUGCGACAGAACCGGAAAGCAGACCAGCUCACCUUUCCACUAAACAAGGAACAACUCACUGUCAAGCCGGUGGAGGAAGUGAUGGCAAACUGGAAGGCACGGACACCCUUAGAACAGGAAGUUUUUAACUUGCUUCACAAAAACAAGCAACCGGUAACUAUGCCUUUUGUGACUGCUCGGGAACAGGCUUCAAUGCGAGCUAUGUGUCUGGAGGAGGCACGAGAACGUCGAGCUGAGCUGCAGAAAGCAAGAGCCCUUCAGUCAUAUUAUGAAGCUAGAAUGAAAAGGGCAAAGAAAAUCAAGAGCAAAAAGUUCCAUAAAAUUGUGAAGAGAGUUAAACAAAAGGAGAUCUUGAAGAAGUUUGAAGAACUAAGGAAGACUAAUCCUGAGGCAGCUCUUGAGGAAUUGAAUAAAAUGGAACAAAUGCGAAUGGAGGAAAGGAUGUCGCUCCGGCACCAAAACAGUGGAAAAUGGGCCAAAUCUAAAGUUAUCAUGGCAAAAUAUGAUAAUGAGGCACGAAAUGCAAUCCAGAAGCAGUUGGAAAAGAAUAAAAUGCUCACAACAAAAGUGGUCCCUCAGUCAGAGAGUGAAGAUGAAGUUGAAAUUGAAGUGGAUAAGGAUGAAACGGUUCCAGAUUUUGUGAAUGAUGUUCAGAUGAGCACCACAGCCAACCCCUGGAUGGUGGGAAAAUUGAGUACUGAUCCAAUAAAUCUUGAAGCUGAUAAACCACAGAUUACUACUGCUGCUGAUGUGAAGUUGGAUGACAGUGAAGAAUCUGAUGAAUUGGAGAAUCUAUCAGAAGACGAGAAGUUGCUGCAGGAAUUUGAAGAGAGACGGAAAAUUCGUAAAGAGCAUGAGGGUGCACAGACUGUUAAAGUGGAUGCAAAGGGUGCAAAUAACAUUAACAAUAAAAAGAAAAGCACUGUGUCCAAUGGUCAAAAUGAGAAAGAGAAACAACUUGAAGAUAAUGUAGGUGAAUUUAGUAAGAUUUUUCAGACAUUGAAUAAAUCACAGCCUUUGUCAAGCAGAGCUAAGAGAAAUCAAACCAAAAAUAAGAAAAAGAGAAGCGAGAAGAAGAUGGAGGAUGCACAGAUACCAGAGGAGAAAGACGAACCAUUACUAAAUGAACAGUUAGAGCGCAAAAAGACAGUUGAAGAGUUUGAUGCUUUGGGUCAGGAUGAACAACAUGAACUUACUGUGACAACAGCCUUGAGUACUUCUCACAUCAGUAACAGUGCUGAAGAGUCAGAAGAUAAAUCAGAUACUAAAACUGAAGUGAAAAAGAACAAUAUCAUCAAUCCAAAUAGUGUUUUGACACUCACAUCCAAAACCAUUGAUGUGCCUUUACUUCCAUCUGCAAUAGAGGAGGAGAAUGAAGAUCAAGAAGAUCAGCGUAUGAUCAUUAAGGAGGCCUUUGCGUCAGAUGAUGUCAUUGGAGAUUUCAUUAAAGACAAGCAGAGAGAGAUUAACGCUACCAAACCAAAACACAUUGACUUGACAUUGCCAGGCUGGGGUGAAUGGGGAGGCCAGGGUUUGCGCCCCAGUGCAAAAAAGAGAAGAAGGUUCCGCAUCAGAGCUCCCCCAGCUCCGCCAAGGAAAGAUCAGAAUUUACCUAAUGUAAUAAUCAGAGAGAAUCGGGAUAUUGAAGUUGCAGCACAUCAGGUGAAUGAACUACCUUUCCCAUUUGCCAAUCGGCAUCAAUUUGAGAAGAGUAUCUGUGCUCCGCUUGGGAAUACAUGGAAUACCGAGAAGGCAACACGCAGAUUAAAUUCACCAAAAAUUGUGACAAAGUUGGGUGCAAUCAUUGAACCGAUCGCCGAAGAGGAUGUGUUUCAGGAUAAGAAGAUGUGUUGGAAAUCAAAUAAGGAACAAAAUCCCCAUAAGAGAAUAAAACGACAACAGAACACGUCUCAUCACCGUUAAAAGUCAGCAUUGCUUGACUUGUUUAUAAUACAGCAGACUUUUGUCAUGUCCUUCUAGCUUGUGUAUUAAAUAAUGGUUUCAUUUUUUGACUAAUUAAAUGUGCCAAUCUGA